UAGGAACAGACAAGUUCUUGUUCAGUGUAAGGUCAAAGAGCCAUAUGAGAUGCAGAAAUUAUCCAAGUCCGACUCCUUUGAAUUUUUUUCCCGGUAUGCCAUUAAAAAAUAUAGGAAAGGAAUGACAUCAUUGAUCCCGGGGCUGGUGAACUACGCUAGUGGCGUUCCAUUAGUUCUUAUAGCGUUAGGUUCAUCUUUGAAAAAACAUCAGAUUCAUGAGAAAGGUCUUCUGCAAAUACUGCGGCGACAUCCUCCAACUGAGGUUCAGGAUGCAUUUCGGAGAAGCUUUGAUGGACUAGAUGAUAACGAGAAGAACAUAUUUUUGGAUCUGGCAUGCUUUUUAAGAGGGGAGAAUAAAGAUUACGUCGUCCAAAUGCUUGAUGGGUGCGGUUUCUUUACAGAUUUAGGAAUCUGUGGGCUCAUUGACGAGUCUCUCAUUAGCCUUGUAGACAAUAGGAUAGAAAUGGCCAAUGUUUUUCAGGAUAUGGGUCGGUUUGUUGUUCACGAAGAAAACGAAGAGCCAGGAAAGCGUAGCAGACUGUGGGAUGCUAAAGACAUUGCUGAUGUAUUAACAAACAACAAAGGGACAGCGGCAAUUGAAGGCAUCUUUCUGGAUGCCUCUGACCUAAUGUGUGAAUUGAGUCCAAGUGCUCUCCAGAAUGUUUACAGGCUUAGGUUGCUGAAGUUUUAUUGUUCCACUACUGAAAACCAGUGCAAACUUCAUCUGCCUCAAGGCCUGAACUCUUUACCUGAUGAGCUAAGGCUACUUCAUUGGGAGAACUACCCUCUGAAAUCCUUGCCUCGGGAUUUUAAUCCUAAGAAUCUUGUAGAGCUAAACAUGCCUUAUAGCAAUAUGGAGAAGCUAUGGAAAGGGACAAAGAAUCUUGAGAAGCUGAAGAAGAUCAGACUGAGUCACUCUCGUCAAUUAGCUAAAAUCCCGAGGCUUUCAAAGGCCUUGAACCUAGAGCAUAUUGAUCUUGAAGGAUGUACGAAUCUGGUUAAAGUCAGCUCAUCAAUUCAUCAUCUCGGCAAGCUGGUUUUGUUGAAUCUGAAAGACUGUACUCGUUUGCGAAGUUUGCCUGGCAUAGUUCAUUUAAAAUCUCUCGAAGUUCUUAAUAUGUCUGGCUGCUCAGACCUCGAGAAUAUUCAGGAUUUCUCACCAAACCUGAAAGAGUUAUAUCUUGCUAGGACUGCCAUAAGAGAGGUGCCAUCAUCGAUCGAGAAUCUCACUGAACUUACGAUACUUGAUUUGGAACACUGCAAAAUGCUUCGACACCUGACGAUGGGAAUGAGUAACUUGAAAUCUCUUGGGACGCUUAAGCUAUCUGGCUGCUCAAGCCUGGAGAGCCUUCCAUAUCUUGAUCCACUAUAUCUAAGAGGCUCGCGACAUCUUGAUUUAAAGAAGAAAACCGUGGAAAAAUCUGCUCCCUUUGUCUCAUAUGUCCCUGCUAUUCGAGGAUCAAGGUUGGAUGGCUCUGAAAACCUUCUGAGCUCUCCUACUUCGCUCCCCAGAUCAGAGACUCCCGAGACAUGUUUGACUUACAGUUCUGCAGAAGAAGCAUACAAGUUUUCAUCAAUUCAAGGAUCCUCCAACCUGUCUCUGUACAGUCUCGGAAAGCUGCCCUCAUCAAUUUUGUACUCCUUGGCAUCAAGACUGUACGCCGUAGUGUCUUUGUCCCUGUAUAAUGCAUGCUUGCAGGACAUACCUUCAGAGAUAUUCUGUAUGCCUUCCUUAAAGGCGUUGGAUCUUAGUGGAAAUGGUUUCACAAAACUCCCUGAAAGCGUCAAGAUGCUCUCCAAACUACUCAGCAUCAGGUUACACCGUUGCAAAAAUCUUGCGUCACUUCCAGAACUUCCUCGAAGCCUAGAACUCUUGGACAUGCAUGGUUGUACGUCUUUGGAGUCUAUUAAGUGGUGUUUCGAACAGAUUCCUAGACUCUGUAUAUUCAGUAAUUGCUUUGAUCUGUCACAAGAAGUGGUCAGAGAACUUGUAGCAAAAGCUCUAAAAAGUGUUGUAGACAUGGCCGGAGAACAUCAUCAGGCACUCAUCGACUCACCUGCAUUCAGCAUCUGUGUGCCCACAUCUGUAAGAGGAAUACCCAAAACAUCGACUUGGACAAGUUCCCCCAUAAUAACGCAGCUAACAUCGCGGAGAAUGACUCUCUUAGGCUUUGUUCUAUCGGUUUCAGUUUCACUUUCGGAUGCUUACUCGGCUGCUACUGGUUUUGGCAUCAGGUGUGUAUGCAGGUGGAGAACCAAAAAUGGCAUCUCUCAUAGACUUGAGAGAAUCUUCCGGUUUUGGGAACCUAGGGAAACUGCACAGAAGCUCCAAAGGGAUCAUACGUUUGCUUUCUACGAUGUUACAUUGCAUCCAGGUGAUGAUAUAAUGGAUGAUCGAAUUGAGUUUGAGCUCUGUCCAGUGGAUGGGCAGAAUACGUCUCUUCAUGAUAGCUGCAAGGUAACACAAUGUGGAGUCUAUAACGUUACUGCUCUGACUGGAGAUACUAGCCCUAGCAAGAAGCGAGCUGCCUCCUCCAUGGAUCCGGGGGAACUUUGUGACGGUGAGGAAGUAAUUUCACGGUAUAAGAGAGUUCGGUUGAGGAGGGUUAUUGAAACGAUCAUCCUGGAGAUAAGGAAAAGGAAGCGAAGGCAGGUGUCUAGUUUCCAAAACAUUGAAAAGGAUUUGAGCCAUUAGUGAUCCUGGUGCUGAUACUACGCAAGCGGGAAGCUACUAAAUCGGAACUUCAACGGCAACUCUAUGGAAAUAUAUAUAUAUACAGGAGAGAUAUUCAGAAUUCAUAGUUCAAGAUCCACUUAAUCCUACUGAACUCUCGGGCUGGUUGGAGAUCCUCUUGAGCUACUUGCUACUGCUGCAAAUCCAGAAAACACUUUUGAGGCAAAUGGAGUGAGAAGAAAUUGCUGCUGCAGUUUACUGGAUUCUUGUGAUGCUGAGAGUGACGUAAGAGUUCUCGCCGACAAUUUCCUCAUCAGUAUAUCUGGUGGCCGGGUAGAGGGAUGCAUGAUCUGCUGCUAAUAAAAGUAGAGAUGAUUGAUUUAAAUUAGAGAUAUAAGUCAAUUAUAAAACCAAAUAUUUUUUUUUGUAUGAAAAUUAUAAAACCAAAUAUUAAUUGUCAAAUAUCGUUUC